AUGGACCUCACCAUACUGCACUUCAACGAUGUGUAUCACAUAUCGGACUCCGAGCUAGUCGCCAAAUUUGCUUCCGUCCUCGCAGACCCGAGUUGUGCUACUGGCGAUGAUAAACCGAGCGGCCCCAUUUUGCGCGUCUUCAGCGGAGAUGCUUUCUCGCCCUCGUUAGAAGCCGCCGUUUUGCGCGGCGACCACAUGGCGCCGCUGUUAGACAGUCUUGAUAUCGACGUGGGCUGUUAUGGAAAUCACGAUUUUGAUUUUGGCCAGGAUCGACUUGUCGAGCUUACCAGCCAGAUCCGCUUCCCUUGGACCCUUGCCAACGCAGUUGCACCAGGACACGACGCCGAGGGACACGGCCGCCUUCUUGCUGGUGCCCAGGAAUAUGUGAUCAAAGAAGUAGCCGAAUACAAGCUGGGAUUCUUCGGUCUAGCUGGCAGCGACUGGCCUUCCAAUUGCCAGCAUUUGCCGGAAUGCACAAUACUGGACCCCGCGACGGUUGCGAAACGAGUAGUCACACAUCUACGGCUGGUUGAAAAGUGCGACCUGGUAGUAGCGGUAACUCAUAUGCGCUUGGUGGAAGAUCUCGAAACUCUCAACAAUACGAUGUCUGGCGCAGAGAAAAUAGAUUUGAUACUGGGCGGUCAUGAUCACUACGUUGUUCGCCGAGAUGUGUCUGACACCGAUCCAAAUCCCGAGGUUCUGCAAUCAGGAUUCGAUCUCGACGGAGCUGCAGUUACCGAGUGCGAGGGUGACUUCCGAAUCAUCAAGAGCGGUACCGACUGGAGAGGGCUUUCCAUUAUACGUUUGCGACUUGGAAGUAAGGAGAAAGGCGAGUCAACGAUACUCGGCAUGUCCUUGCGACAAAUUGCAGACUUAAAGAAAAUUUCCAACUAUAGCCAAAUUCCUGUCUCGCAGGCAACAUUGGACAUUUUGCAAGCAGCUCACGGCAAGAUUGAAGAGGUCGUCACACAGCCUUUGUUCCGCACUGCAUCGCCACUCGACGGACGAUCACAUAUUAUCCGGAGCCAAGAAACAAACCUAGGGAACAUGUUGGCUGAUGCCGUCAGAGCAUUCUACGACACAGACAUUGGCUUCGUCAAUAGUGGCGCUGUACGUUGCGAUCGAAUUAUAGAGUGCGGCAAUGGCGCGCCUCUUUGCAUCCGCGACGUAAUUGAGAUUAGCCCUUUUGACAACGCCUUUGUUGUAAAGCGAGUCGGUGGUAGAGUUCUUGCGCAGGCGCUCGAGAAUUCCGUCUCAGAUGCGCACACUGAUGGGAGAUUUCUGCAGCUCUGCGGACUCAGCAUGAGGCUAGAUUGGAGGCGACCAGAAACUUCUCGAGUCAGCGAGAUUUUGUUCCAUCCAUCAAAUGGUAAAUCUCAGCCUUUGGAAAUGGAUCGCAUGUACACGGUGACUAUGGUAGAUUUUAUCGGUUCCGGGUUUGAUGGAUACACUUGCUUCCGAGAUUGCGAGACGUUGGUUGAUACGGAAGGCGCCAUCACAGAUACAAAUAUGCUGCUCGAAAUAUUCAAAUUGAGCAAAAAUGAUGCGAAUGAGUCUGGUGUGGCAGAUCACCAUGCAGAAGGGAUACAGAGGGCAAGGGCAGCUAUUGUUUCUGGGUACCACACCGAGGACGCCCUCCCCAUCGUUAGUCCCGUGGUAGAAAGCCGGAUUAAAAUUAUGCAUGAGGCGAAUCUAUAG